CUUUAUAUUUUUGGGGCCUUAAAUAUUUGGGGCGUAAGGCAAGAGCUUCACUUGCCUUACCCUAGAGCCGCCCUUGCUGAGUUGCUUGGCAUCAUUCAGGAAAAAUAUCGGAUCUGACCGUCAAACAAAGUAAAAGAUGCAGGAUCAGGAAGGGCAUGUGGCUGAUGCAGGAAAAGACACAUUGACAUCUGUUCAAACAUCUGAAAUUGAAGAUUGGACAAAAUACAAGGAUGAUGAUAUUAUGCAACAGCAAUCUUCCAUCCAGGCUGAACAAGCUGUAAAAACUCAAUUUGUUGGUGAUAAGGAACCUUUGUCUUCAUUAGAAGCUGAAUACCAUCUGGGAAAUUCAAUUUUGCUGGAGAAAAUAAAGGUGCUGAGUGAACAAUAUGCUGCCCUUAGAAGAACACGUGGAGAUGGAAAUUGCUUUUUCCGCAGUUUCAUGUUUGGUUACCUUGAGCACAUUCUGGAAUCACAAGAUCAAAGUGAAGUUCAUCGCAUUAAAGCUAGUAUUGAGGAAUGCAAAAAGACACUUCAAAGUUUGGGCUACGCAGAAUUCACAUUUGAAGACUUUUUUGCGUUAUUCCUCGAGCAACUCGAUAAUGUUCUUCAAGGUAGCGAAGAUUCCAUAAGUCAUGACGAACUCCUACGCAGAAGUCGUGAUCCGUCCAUUUCUGACUAUGUUGUGAUGUUCUUCAGAUUUGUAACAUCUGGUGAAAUAAGGAAGCGCUCGGAGUUUUUCGAACCAUUUAUACUAGGACUAACAAAUGCCUCAGUGGAGCAGUUUUGCAAGUCAUCAGUGGAACCCAUGGGCGAAGAGAGUGAUCAUGUGCAGAUUAUAGCCCUAUCAGAUGCGUUGGGUGUACCAAUCCGUGUCGUAUAUCUUGAUAGAAGCUCAUGUGAGAAUAACAGCAUCAAUGUAAAUCACCACGACUUUGUUCCUACAAGCGAUGACAUGGGUAAUAAUGGUGUUCCCAAGACCACAAAUCCAUCUAUUACCUUGCUCUAUCGCCCAGGACAUUACGACAUUCUCUACCCCAAGUGAUGUUCUUCAUUUAGUUUGUGAAAACAAUCUCAAUGAAAACUUGGCUCAUUCACUUUGGCAUGUAUGAUCAAUGAGAAUAGAAACUUGUGUGUUUGUUGAUCAGUGCAGAAUUGUAGAUAAGCGGAGCUUUCUUUAUCCAUAAAUUUGUCUGUGCAAAUUUCUUUACAUUUAUGAAAUAACUUUCUCUAGUA